AUGUUCAACUUUAAAUUGGUAUUAGUUGGUCCAGGUGGUGUUGGCAAGUCAUGUCUAACCAUUCAAUUCAUAGCUCAGAGAUUUGUAGACGAAUACGAUCCAACACUUGAAGAUUCCUAUCGUAAACAAACUACCGUCGACGGUGAAGAAUGUCUAUUAGAUAUAUACGAUACUGCAGGUCAAGAAGAUUUCAGUGCUGUUAGAGAUCAAUAUAUGCGUACAGGAGAAGGAUUCUUAUGUGUUUAUUCAAUUACAUAUGCACAAAGUUUUAAAGAAAUACCAAGAUUACAUAAUCAUUUACUUAAAGUUAAAGAUUUGGAUACGGUUCCAUUUGUUUUGGUUGGUAACAAAUGUGAUCUUAAAGAUUUUAGAGAAGUGCCCACCGAAGACGGUGAGGAGUUGUCUAGAAAGUUGAAUUGCAAGUUUUUAGAGACUAGCGCAAAGGAUAGAAUCAACGUUACCGAAGCUUUUCACGAAUUGGUCAGGGAGGUUAAAAAGUCUCGUCUUGCCACCCAACAAACAACUUCUUCUGAUGCUCAAGAAACAACUUCUCACAGUAAAAAGAAAAAGACUUGUAUUUUAUUAUAA